GCGCAAAGAAGCGAAGCGGGGAAGAGUGAAGCGGACACCGGCUAAUCCGUUCGCCUUUUGCUGUGGACGUUAUUAGAUUACGGCGGAACGUUCGUCAUCCGUGCAGCUGGCUGCUCCUGAGAUGAACGCAUGACGGCUUUUACACGUAUUUUAUUUAUUUUUUUUUUUAAAUACACAUUCUCUCUCUUCAUUCAGCUGAUGUCGCCGCUGUUCGCCAACUCUGCGCGCCUCCCCCCGCCCCUUCCUGCUCUGUCUCACUACGCGGUUGGGAAAGCGAAGGGGGAACAGAGACUGUUGCUCUGUCUCCCUCUUACAGCGCUCUAAGUCCCGCAGCGGAGGCUUAAACUAAAGAAGAGAGACGGACUUUUUAGAGUACCAAACGUUGCUGCCAUCUAUUUUGUUUCUGUUUUUUUUUUUUUUUUUUCUUUUACUUAUAUGUAAGACACCGGCUUCUUCGUCUUGAACGCACCGUCACCGGAAUAUUUACCCACUUCCCAAGAAAAAAAUAAUAAUAAAAAAAAAAAAAUUAAUUAAUAGAUAAAGUAAGUAAGGUGAGCGUUCAACCAAGCGAGCAGGUUGGUUGGAUUAGUUGUGCUGGAUGUUAUUUCCUGGAUUUCCUCUUUCCUGCGGCCGAGGGGGACAGCAACAGUGUGUGGAAAAGUAGAUUUGAAUGUUUAACAUAUGGCUUCGACGAGGAUAACGCGCUGGAUGCUUGUUGAAGCAUGGUGGUGAGGAUGGUCGGAACGCGAUUAAUGGGGCCGCCGUCACGAGGCCGGGUCAGAUGGAUGAAUGUAAUGAGAACUGGAGUUCUUCAUCUCCUGCUGCUAUCAGCCUGCCUCGGCCAAGACACAGAAGACUGGCAAUAUGAGGAAUGUAAACUCUCCCGUUCUGGUCCUCCUGCUACCAUCGUGGCCAUAGAUGAAGAAAGCCCCAAUGGAACACUGUUGGUGGAGAACAUGCAGAUCAAUGGUGUGGCAGAGGGUCCAGAUCGUACAAUCUCUUUGUCUCUAAGAGACAACUACAACUACUGGGUGAUUCUAGAUCCUGCCAGGCAGUCUCUUUACCUGAACAGCACUGGACGAGUUCUUGAUAGAGAUCCACCUUCAUUUAUUCAGUCCAUCGUGGUUCAGGUUCAGUGCACCAACGAGCUGAUUGGAACAGUGAUUUUACACGAGGUCCGCAUUGUUGUCCGGGACCGCAAUGACAACGCUCCGCAUUUCCAGCAGCCUCGAUACUACGUCGCCAUCAGUGAGCUAACCCCUGUAGGAACAACGAUCUUCUCUGGUUUCUCGGGGAAUAAUGGUGCAACCGACAUCGACGACGGCCCCAACGGGCAGAUAGAGUACACCGUCCAGUACAACCCAAAAGAUCCGACUGCCAACAGAACCUUUGACAUCCCCCUGACUUUGUUUGGCUCCGUAGUUCUAAGGGAACGGCUCAACUACGAGGAGAUAACUCGAUACUUGGUCAUUAUACAGGCAAAUGACCGGGCACCUUCACCGAGUGACCGUCGAACUGCCACCACCACGCUGACCGUGGAUGUGCUGGAUGGAGAUGACUUGGGUCCCAUGUUCCUACCUUGUACACUUGUGGGAAACACUCGUGACUGUAGUCCCAUCACGUAUUUGGCCAGUGUUCUGGAGCUGACGGAGCCUAAUAAGACAAAUCCCCUCAAUGUGACCCCAUCUAUCCAAGCUGUGGACCAGGACAGAAACAUUCAACCUCCGUCGGACAGACCUGGGAUCCUGUACUCCAUCCUUAUUGGAAAACCAGCAUCCUAUGCAGAAUAUUUCAGCUUAAACAGAACCACAGCAGAACUCAUGCUGCUUAAACCCAUCGACAGGGAGCUCUACCGCAGAUUUGAUCUGGUUAUCAAGGCGGAGCAGGACAACGGUCACCCCCUGCCAGCGUUCGCCAACCUUCAGAUCGAAGUUCUGGAUGAUAACAACCAAGCACCGUAUUUUUUGGAGUCUGGUUACCAUGGAUACGUCAGUGAGGCUUCACCAGUCGGAACUACCGUCGCUACCAACGUCACUCUAUCGGCUCCCCUCACUAUAAUAGCUUUGGAUAAUGACGUGGAGGAGGCCCGGGAUCCACAGCUGCACUUUUCUCUGGACAGUUAUUCUCAUGUUUUUUCUAUAUCAACUACGGGAAUAAGAAGAUAUCUCACACUGUUGCAGCCUGUAGACAGAGAAACACAAGACUCCUAUACAUUCACGCUGUUGGCAUCAGAUGGUGUUCAGCAAAGUGCUCCUGUUAUUGUGACCAUAACAGUGCUGGAUGCCAAUGACAAUACUCCAACGUUUUCCAAUGUCUCUUAUAGCGUAAACCUGUUCACUGAUAUGUCGCCUGGAGAAUCUGUCAUAAAGAUGUCAGCAGUUGAUUCUGAUGCAGGUGAAAAUGGUCACAUCAGUUAUCACAUCUUGGCUGGUGACCAGGGAAAGUUUCUAAUAAACAGCAGCACCGGGGUAAUUACAGUGGCACCAGGUGCUGAACUGACUGUUGGCCGAAGUUACGCUCUGACUGUGGAAGCUGUAGACAAUGGGCCUGCGCCUCACAGACGGUCUUCCAUUACAACAGUAUAUAUUGAAGUUUUGCCCCCAAACAACCAGAGCCCUCCUCGCUUUCCUCGCCAACAAUACAACCUUGAGAUCAGUGAAGCUAUGAGGACUGGUGCUACACUUCUUAAUCUGCAGGCAGUGGAUCGAGAGAAGGAUCCUAUAACCUACAAAAUCCACAGUGGAGAUAUUAAUGGAAAUUUUGCACUGCAGCAGAGUUCAGGGUAUUUAAUUCUGGACAAGCCUUUGGACAGGGAGUCUCUGGAUCAUUAUAUCCUGAUUGUCACCGCCUCAGAUGGACGCCCAGAUGGAACCUCCACUGCUGUGGUGAACGUGGUGGUGACUGAUGUGAAUGACAACGAUCCGGUGUUCAACUCUUCACUGCCGGUGAAUCUCACCGUCACCGAGGAGCAGGACAACGCCUUCGUUGGGCAGAUCGUGGUAAGGAGAUCCGCCGUUGCGUACAAGACAAAUCCUGGAAGCUAAAAACAACACAGUUGCUUCUUUAAUGAGGUCCCCGUGUGAAAACAAAGGACAUCGAUGUGUUGAUUGUGUUUUCCCGCAAGGCUGUGU